AUGUUCAGCCGCAAGAGUAAUUGUCAGAGUGAUCAGGAGAGUGGUGAGCUGCAGCAUGAACACAAGGUCAACGAGCUUAAAUAUGCUCUGGGACCACUUUCUGGUCGUAGCUUGCAGUAUUGCAGUGACGCGUGCUUGAAGAGAUAUUUGGAAGCCCGGAACUGGAAUGUGGACAAGUCAAAGAAGAUGUUGGAGGAGACAUUGAGAUGGAGAUCUGCGUAUAAACCUGAAGAAAUUCGUUGGCCUGAAGUUGCAAUUGAAGGUGAGACAGGGAAGGUAUACAGAGCUAAUUUUCAUGAUCGUCAUGGCAGGACCGUUCUUAUACUAAGACCAGGAAUGCAGAAUACUGUAUCAAUAGAUAACCAGAUGAAACAUCUGGUUUAUCUCAUAGAAAAUGCCAUACUCAAUCUUCCAGAAGGUCAAGAACAGAUGGCAUGGUUAAUAGACUUCACGGGAUGGUCUUUAAGCACCAAUGUCCCCAUCAAAUCUGCUCGAGAUACUAUCAAUAUACUACAAAAUCAUUACCCUGAAAGACUAGCUAUAGCAUUUUUAUACAACCCCCCGCGCAUAUUUGAAGCAUUUUGGAAGGUUGUAAAAUACUUUUUGGAUGCAAAAACAUUCCAGAAGGUGAAAUUUGUAUACCCAAAGAAUAAAGACAGUGUGGAACUCAUGCGAUCCUAUUUUGAUGUGGACAAUCUCCCAGCUGAGCUUGGAGGUAAAGCCACACUGCAGUACAACCACGAGGAAUUCUCGAGGCAAAUGGUGCAGGACGAUGUAAAAGCUGCUAAGCUAUGGGGUUUCGACCAGCCCCAAUCCAACAGCUGUGGAGGAGCUGAGGUGUCUCCAGAACCUGAGUACCUUGCUCCACCAGUCAGCUAA